UGUCUCGGGGCUGGCGGGCUGGUUCCCGGAGAUCCUCACGGGGCGCCCCAACAUCGUCAGGGACACUUCGCCAGGGCUGGGGACCGCGGGCGCAUGGGUCCUGGACGGUGUCAACAUUCCCCAGGGACGUGAGCAGGGCCCUAGGCUCGCUGACCCUGUGGGAUCCCAGUCUACAGAAGCUGAAACCCACUCAUCCCUGCCCCCAACCUCUGACACUCGCCACCUGCACGCCACCAUGGUAGCUCAGAGCAGAAACACCAGUGUUACACCCAGCUUUAAUCCAUCCCAAGACCAUGGCUCCUCGCUCUCCUUCAACUUGAGCUAUGAUGAUUAUGACCUCCCUCUGGGUGAGGAUGAAGACAUGACCAAGACCCGGACCUUCUUCGCAGCCAAGAUAGUCAUCGGGUUGGCACUAGCAGGCAUCAUGCUGGUCUGUGGCAUUGGCAACUUUAUCUUUAUUGCUGCCCUUGCCCGCUACAAGAAGCUGCGAAACCUCACCAACCUGCUCAUUGCUAACCUGGCCAUCUCCGACUUCGUAGUGGCCAUCGUGUGCUGCCCCUUUGAGAUGGACUACUACGUGGUACGCCAGCUCUCCUGGAAGCAUGGCCACGUGCUCUGUGCCUCUGUCAACUACCUGCGAACUGUCUCCCUGUACGUCUCCACCAAUGCCCUGCUGGCCAUCGCUGUUGACAGAUAUCUGGCCAUUGUCCACCCCUUGAGACCACGGAUGAAUUACCAAACGGCCUCCUUCCUCAUCGCCGUGGUCUGGAUGGUCUCCGUUCUUAUCGCCAUCCCAUCGGCCUACUUCACGACAGAAACCGUCCUCUUUAUAGUCAAGAACCAGGAGAAGAUUUUCUGCGGCCAGAUCUGGCCAGUGGACCAGCAGCUCUACUACAAGUCCUACUUUCUCUUCAUCUUUGGCCUGGAGUUCGUGGGCCCCGUGGUCACCAUGACGCUGUGCUACGCCAGGAUCUCCCAGGAGCUCUGGUUCAAGGAGGUCCCCGGCUUCCAGACCGAGCAGAUCCGUAAGCGGCUGCGCUGCCGCCGGAAGACGGUGCUGGUCCUCAUGGGCAUCCUCACCGCCUACGUGCUGUGCUGGGCGCCCUUCUACGGCUUCACCAUUGUGCGCGACUUCUUCCCUUCCGUGUUCGUCAAGGAGAAGCAUUACCUCACCGCCUUCUACGUGGUCGAGUGCAUCGCCAUGAGCAACAGCAUGAUCAACACCGUGUGCUUCGUGAUGGUCAAGAACAACACCAUGAAGUACUUCAAGAAGAUGAUGCUUUUCCACUGGCGUCCCUCCCGCCAUGGGAGCAAGUCCAGCACCGACCUUGACCUCAAAACCAGUGCGGUGCCGGCCACCGAAGAGGUGGACUGUAUCCGGCUGAAGUGAGCUGCUGGUGUUCUGGAAUUGAAAAUCCGGCUUCAGUACUCAGAGCAUUGCACACCAUCAACCAAGUCAUAGGCUGCGUGGGAAGGGACAGCUGCCCUCCAUCUUCCUGCCCUCCAGGAGCUGGAAGCUUCUCAGUCAUAACACAUGACGAGUCCAGACCCCAACCACCACAGCCAGCAUUCACUGAUACCUACUGCACACCCCCUGCGUGCAUGGGCACAGCGACUCAACUAGACUCAAGUGGCAACAGGUAGCAUGGACCACACACCUGCAUUGAGCGGACCACACCAAUGAGACUGCACAAGGACAACGGGGACUGAUGCUUACUAAUGCAGUACUGUGUGCAAAAGCACUGAACACCGAAGCAAAGUGGCAGAAGCUAUUGCAGUCAUCAAGCCACGAGUGUGGAUCUAUAAAUGACUGGACAGAGGCCCCACAUGGUUAUCUGGACUCCUACCCUGUUCCUUCAUUCUGUAACUUAUCAGGUCAGGGCUGCAGGAUAAGGCACUGAAACACAAUAGAAAUGCAGGAACAAGUUCAUCAGUAUGGAGUCCACUACCCCAUAAGAAGAGUUAAUGCCAACACAAUGGCUUUCCCCACCCAGCUCCACCUUCUCCUGAGAUAUUCUCUAGUCCAUACUCUAAAUAGUAGUUUUUCUUGCAAACAGGCCACCCUAAUGUGAUUCUCUACCAUAGUGUAAUUUCACAGGAAAGAAGCAAAAAAUCACCACCACCACCGAUACUCGGAAUCUUGUCAUUCUGUUGGGUGAUCUUGAGAACACAUCCAAUUACUGAAUCUUCAAUGCUAGUGAUUUCAGGAGCUCUGAGGUCCAGAGGAACAGUCAGGAGAAAGGGAUGAAGGCUGCCACUGGUGAUGAACAUAACUGACGUGGUCACUUUGCUAGGACCUGGACCAUUUCUUAGAACACCCCUGUUUUAUAAGAGGAGCCUUUCUUGGCAUCCCAAGUCCUGAGUUCAAGUCCUGACUCUAGGGCUCAUAUGACCUAGAUGUUUCUUUUCUAUAUCUCAAUAUGGUUUUAAUGAAAUGGGGACAGUGAAGAUAUCUUCUGUGCCUGAUGCUUACAGUACCAUCAGGAGAGCCUUUUAAGGUCAUAGUCUAUAAAUAUAAUUUUCAACUGUACAUGUGGCAAGGAUGAAUAGGUGUUGUUGAACAGCUUGGAGGGAAUUUGUUUAGAAACCCAUUUCCUGUGGUUUAUAUGAAGAACCACUUCCAUUUUUUCAUCCUUGUUCUUCAGACCAGAGACCCCUGAACUCCUCACAGUGACCCACCGCGUGCUUGGGCACAAUGACCCAACUAGACCCAUGUUGCAUCUACACUGGGGGGAGAAAUGGCUUCUCUGUCCCGGGAUAUCAUCAAGAUAGUGGAGACCCGGACUCUCAGCUUCUCUGGGUCUUAGAGAAAUGUUGACAGUCCACCCUGUAUGCUGUCAUCGUCCCACCCCAGGGCUGCGUAAGUGUCACUUCUAAGUCCAUUUGUGUUAUUACACAUCUGUGCUGGUUGUGAUACCCUCAUUCCUUCCUGAUUCAUCUUGAAGCAGAGACUACAAAUGAUACCUGAUUUGAGCUUGGCCCGUCCACAUUUGGUCAACUCCUAACUGUCUGUAAAGAAGGAAUUAUUUAGUUGUCUUGCUUAUUUUUAAAAAUUAUUUGUUGGUUUGUUUCUCCACCCAUGAAGUUUCAACCAAUUUUUUCUAUCAUCAGCCAGCAGAUUCCUCUUCAGCUUUGGCAUUGAACCUUCAGAAUAUGCAAACUAACUCUAAUAUCAGCCUACAAAACAUAUAAAUUCUGAUUUUACAAAAUCUCAUGAUGAUGUAUUCUAAAGUGAAGCAAAAAAUCAUUUUAGUCGUCUACAUUUUCAAAUAUAUAGUAAUUGUGUUUUUAUUUAUU